AAUUGAUGCCCACUCUUCAGUUUUAAUUUCCCAUUCUUUUUAGUUUGGAGACCCUUUAGGGUUAAGACUUUUGGUCCUGUUAUGGUCACACGCAAAAUGAGGUUGCAAAAGGUUUCGAAGGAAAAAAAAAUAAGGUUUAGAAGGAAAUACUAGGGUCGAGGCAGCUAAUUUGCUUCCAUCAACAGGGAUUAAGUAUUGAACGGAAAAUCGGUCAUCCACAACAACCAAGUCUUGCAAAACUCUCACCAAAUAAAACACUCAGAACUGAGGAGGCGCAACCGCCACGCAGACGCUAAGACGGCAUAAAAUGUACCAGGCAUCCCUUCCAAAAGGCACCUCUUUGUGUCCUGGGACUUACUCCCCGGCUCUCCAGGGACCCGCACACCGCUAGGAAGAGGCGAACCAGCCCAGACCUCUAUGCUUUCUGUCAAGCCUGAAUACCUACUUGCUGCUGAGCUGGCCCUCUAUGCAGCACGUGCUUGAAUACUUGUGCUAGGCACUGGGACAACAGUGGAGAGCAAAAUGAACACAUCCCCUGACUUCAAAGUCCACAGGUGUGUGUGUGAGCAAAGAUGGAGGCCGACCUGUCUAGCUUUGACAUCGAUGCCCCCCGUUGGGACCAGGGCACUUUCUUGGGGCGAGUGAAACACUUCUUCAACAUCACGGACCCCCGCACCGUGUUUGUACCAGAGCAGAAGUUGGACUGGGCCAAAGCGAUGGUGGAGAAGAGCAGUGACAGGAUGGGGGUCGUGCCCCCAGGCACCCAAGUGGAACAGCUACUGUAUGCCAAGAAGCUGUAUGACUCAGCCUUCCACCCUGACACCGGGGAGAAGAUGAAUGUCAUUGGGCGCAUGUCCUUCCAGGUCCCUGGCGGCAUGAUCAUCACAGGGUUCAUGCUCCAGUUCUACAGGACGAUGCCGGCGGUGAUCUUCUGGCAGUGGGUGAACCAGUCCUUUAAUGCCUUGGUCAACUACACCAACAGGAAUGCAGCCUCCCCGACAUCAGUCAGGCAGAUGGCCCUUUCCUACUUCACAGCCACAACCACUGCCGUGGCCACUGCUGUGGGCAUGAACAUGUUGACCAAGAGAGCACCACCCUUGGUGGGCCGCUGGGUGCCCUUUGCCGCCGUGGCUGCAGCUAACUGCGUCAACAUCCCGAUGAUGCGGCAGCAGGAACUCAUCCAGGGCAUCUGCGUGAAGGACAGAAAUCACAAGGAGAUUGGUCACUCCCAGAGAGCUGCCGCCAUAGGCAUCACCCAAGUAGUUAUUUCUCGAAUCACCAUGGCAGCUCCUGGCAUGAUCUUGCUGCCAGUCAUCAUGGAAAGGCUGGAGAAGCUGCGCUUCAUGCAGAAAGUCAAGGUCCUGCAUGCCCCAUUGCAGGUCAUGCUGUCUGGGUGCUUCCUCAUCUUCAUGGUGCCAGUGGCAUGUGGGCUCUUCCCACAGAGAUGUGAAUUGUCAGUUUCCUAUCUGGAACCAGAGCUCCAAGACACCAUCAAGGCCAAGUAUGGAGAACUUUUGCCUUAUGUCUACUUCAAUAAGGGUCUCUAAAUGCCCCACCCCAAAAGGACUAGUCUGUACCCAUAUUCCUCAGCUCCUCCUUGGCCGCUGUAUACACCUGUGUCCUCAUUCCUCUUCGCCAACAAGGCCUGAAGGUCAGGGUGGACUGGGGGUGGGAGGAUGCCUCAUGCUUCUACCCAGGCACCUGGUUUGUUUACUGGAUUCCAGGGAACAGAAAUCAAAAAAGGGGAGCAAAGACCAAAGUGUUCUAUCUGCUUCUUCCUUAACUCCUGUCCACUGGAGACCAGAAGCUGAGGCCUUCUCAGGGAGAAGUUGCUGAUACCUGGGGAGACACUCAUUUUUCAUCUGAAAAAUUAGGAAACCUUUAGGAUCCUGGUUCCAGCCAGGUUUGGGGAUGAAGAGAGGCUUCUCCCACUCUUCCCUUCCUCCUCUCCAAAGCUAUGGACCUUUUACCCGUGCAGUUCUAGCACCUCAGGGAGAGAAGAGGAAAGACAUCUGUGUCACCUUGGGGCUCUUCUCCACCCUUCCCAUCCUCCUCCUUAUUGACCCUGGUCAGACAGCUUCUCUGGGAACUCUGCUAAACUUGAGUUUGUCAGACUCCCAGGAGUUGUUAGUGCUAAAAAAAUGGACACUGUGUGAGGCAGCAGAGUUACCUGGUGCUUCAAAUCAUGUCUGAAUCUAUUCUUGGGAUCUUCUUUUCUGUAACAAUGGAAGUUCUUUUUCCCAGUGCCUCAUGUUGUCUGAAAAGAUACAUCCACUAACUGAGUGAACAGGAUACAUGUAGGCAUUAACUACACAUUUUAAUGGGUAUCAUUUCCUGGCUGCCUCCCUUCCUCAGUGAAUGAGGUUAAACACCAAAGAAAGAUUGGUGGGUACUGAAUAGGAAAGGGAAGUUUUAUUUGGACCCUUAUGAGAGGAAAUCAAGCAGGACCAAAGAGCCUUAAAGGACACACAGCAAAGUGCAGCCACUUCCGUUCCCCAGCUUGGCUGCCCAACGUGAUUUCUCAAGCUCCUUGGAGGACUGUUGUGACUUAUCUGGGAUCAAUGUGUGUGGGAUUUGCUGACCCUGUUCAAAAGAUAUCACUGUGAAUUGAAUAAAUUGAAAGAGCA